GAUAGAGUGGCUUACAGAGAAUAAAAGCCAAUGUGACCAACUUCGUUACUGAACAGUAUGUCAAUAUCAAAACAUUAUCAACUACUUCGGAAACGAAGAGGAAGUGUUGUGAAUUUAUUGUUAUGACUGCAGUAUAAAAUGAAACAGUGACAGUAUCGUUGUAUCUUCCAAGUAAUACACGCAAUAAUAUUAAACACACGAGGUUUUAAAAAGGAAUAUGGAUCUGAUCUAUGCUGUAUUUCGUAAACACACAACGAGUUCUACAAAGUCUCUCCAGAAUUUUGAAUGUUUGCAUGAAGGCCACACACUGUGUUCUGUUUCAAGCCAGAAUAUUGUUGCCUUCACAACAACAACAGAGAUAGAAGACAUCAGUGGGAAAACGUGGGGUUCUCAUGUUUAUGUCGCAGAUCUCAACACGCCUUGGUACAGUCACAAGGUUGUUUCCAAUAAAACUGGGGUCACAGCAUUAGAAUGGGACCUGCCAGGUGACAAGCUGCUGGUGGCUGAUACAGCAGGAAAUGUGCAGUUGUGGAGUUUCAAGGACCAUAUUCUAAAUGACUGGGUGUGCCUCGGAACAGCCUCCUUUCCUGGUGAACAUAUCCUUGGUGCCGCAUUUUUCCACAAUGGAAAAAAGAUAAGUCUAGUAUCUGAGAAGAAGGAUAAUGUGUACUAUAAUGAGAAGUUCACCCACCUACGCUUCCCACCUUCCGUACGCUACUUUGGUGGACGACCAAUGGAAGGCUGCCUUGUGAUCAGCACCACAGGAAUGGUGGGCGUGGUGAUAGCAUCACGAGAAGGCCAUCAGGGAUCACCUCAGCUUAUUAUAACAAGUGACAGUCUUGGAUCCACAAGGCACCGGAUCACUGCCGUCGACAUUUGUUACGGAAAAAAUGGACACUUCUUGGUGGCAGUAAGCAGUGGUAGUGUGAGUCUGCCGAUCCAGUGUUUCCGAGUGUCGGUGAAGCAGGGUGACGAGAAGUGUGUCAUCAUGUCUCAAGCUUUGCCAAGUUUCUUCCUUCAGUCCAGUCCCAUCAAGGAAAACCAGUAUCGCCACGUGUCGCAGCUCAAGUUCGUAGUCCGAGAAGAUGCAGAUUCAUUGGUUGUGGCCGCCAACGGCGACAGCGGCUGCCUCAUUGAAAUCUGGGAGCUGCGAGAGAAACCUCUGCCUAUACAUAAACUGUUUCAACCCAAAUCUCAUUCUUCGCAAACAGAACCAUUCAAAACUGUACUGUGGCAGCAUCAGUCUCACUUCAUGUCCUCGUCUCCAGUCGUAUGUAUCACGACGUCCAAAUUGUCAAUUACCACGACGAUGCCUCCUCCAUGUUAUGUGAUGGUAGCGCUGGCAGAUGGCUCAAUUCACUGUUUAUACAGGGAUUCACUGAAACAGGUUGCCACAGCAUCGCUGAAUCAAGCGUGGCGACAGGAAGAAGCUCCUAGCUCGAAGCAGCAAAGGCUUGGCUUGCGGAUAUCGCACCUCGACAUGAGCUGGUUGGGCUGUGUGCUCGUGGCUACAGACACGCAAGGGCAGCUUUACCUAUAUCGUCUGCUACCAAUCUCAGAGCCAGGAGGCCCCAUGACAGUGCCAUAUGCUUGCACACUCCUGGAAUACUGCCUAGUGACAGGAUUAGACUGGUGGGACCUGCUCGUGUCGUUACGUCCUUCCAUGAUGGACACGGUGUGUGAACGUUUCACAGAGAGUUUCAACCGGCAGUUGCAGCAAGUACAGCAGUUUCACUACGUCCAAUUCCUCAACAUCAAGACUUCACUCUACAGGUUGACUGUGAAUGGACAGUCUAAGGCAGCAGAUCUGACCUCGCUCCUCAUGUUGCAUUCUGUAGCAACAGCAUUUAAGUCUCUGCUGCGACCCUCGGACCUCUCCAGUCAUGACAAGGGACCUGCCGAAAGCCUGGCAACGGUGAUGAUGGACUCUCUCACAGACGUGGACAAGGUGCUGUUCCACCUGGAGGCAAAGGAGUUCACUGUGGAGCCAAGCACCCUCCAGUCACUACAGCAGCUCAUUCAGUGGGUGGCAGACCUGGCUCUCAACUUGUUGGCAAGACUGCCAGAGCAGCGCCAGCCUGGCAAGAGCUCUGGGGUGAGACACGCUUUCUGCUGUUAAACAGCGUUAUGUAAGGCACUGCAUGUGAAAAACAAAUUAAAGGCUAAUUACACUCGUUUAGAUGUUCAGGCAGAUUUAAUUGCAUCAUUCAGUUCAGAAUCUUUCGUCUUAAAACGUACAGAUUAAAAUAGAUAUUCAAAACUAUAAUUUUACCUGUUGUUUUGUACGAGUGUGGAACCUGGUCUGUCACAUUAAGGGAAGAAUAGAUUAAGGGUGUUUGAGAACGGGAUGCUUAGGGGAAUAUUUGGACUCGAGAGGGAGGCUGUGACAGGACAAUGGAGAAAAUACAUAAUAAAAAUUUCUACUCUUAUAAACUUAUUAGGUUGUACACAAGUUAUUUGUUAGAAUAAUGUAUGUUGAUUGGUGUGUGCUCUGCGCAAAAUACGUUAAGUGGAUACGUAUAAGGGAAAUUUUUUGUCUGCCUGCCUGUUUCA